GGGAAGAGAAACCCACACAGCUGUACCAGAGUUGGGAGGAUUGUCUUCUCAGCCCGGCUUCAGAAUGGAUGCACAUCCCACCAGCACAUCGGAUUUAAAUGAAACUGAGGAAGCUGAGCUACAGACCAUCAAAAAGCACAAGGAAGAGCUGCUGGCAGACAUCCAGAGGCUAAAAGAUGAGAUUGCAGAGGUGUUUGAAGAGAUAGAUCGUUUCCAGCAAACACAAACAAGCAAGCUGGUCCAGAGGGAUAAAGAAAUGUGCGUUGGACGGAAGAAAUUUAACAUGGACCCUACUAAGGGCAUCCAGUAUCUGAUUGAACACAAAAUUCUGUCAUCAAAUGUGGAAGAAAUUGCCAAAUUCCUUUACAAAGGAGAAGGCCUCAACAAGACAGCCAUUGGAGAUUACUUGGGAGAAAGGGAUCCACUGAACCUCCAGAUUCUGCAGGCCUUUGUAGAAUGCCACCAGUUUGCCAAUCUCAACCUUGUACAAGCAUUAAGACAGUUCCUGUGGAGCUUUCGGUUGCCUGGGGAGGCACAGAAGAUUGACCGUAUGAUGGAGGCCUUUGCCAACCGGUAUUGUCAGUGCAACCCAGGAGUUUUCCAGUCAACAGACACCUGCUAUAUCCUCUCUUUCUCCGUCAUAAUGCUGAACACCAGCCUGCACAACCCCAACGUCAAAGACAAACCUCCCUUUGAGAGGUUUGUGUCCAUGAACAGAGGCAUCAAUGAUGGAGGGGACCUUCAGGAACCACUUCUGCGGAGUUUGUUUGACAGCAUCAAGAACGAACCAUUCUCUAUCCCAGAGGACGAUGGGAACGACCUCACCCAUACUUUCUUCAACCCCAGCCAGGAAGGCUGGCUCCUUAAACUAGGAGGCAGAGUGAAGACUUGGAAGCGCCGUUGGUUCAUUCUGACGGAUAACUGCCUGUACUAUUUUGAAUACACCACGGACAAGGAGCCGCUGGGGAUUAUUCCACUGGAAAAUCUAUCUGUUCGAAAAGUAGAUGACCCAAAGAAACGAAAUUGCUUUGAGCUCUUUAAUACAAACAGCAAGGGGCAGAAAAUCAAAGCCUGCAAGAUGGACGGAGACGGGAAGGUGGUUGAAGGCAAACACCAGUCUUACAAGAUCUCUGCACCCUCGGCGGAGGAGCGUGACCUAUGGAUUGACGCAAUACGAACCAGCAUCACACAAGACCCCUUCUAUGAUCUGGUCUCUGCUCGUAAGAAAAAGAUCGCCAGCAAGAAAUGAGCUCCCCAGCCGCCAUCUUGCUAAUGUUUCAACCUCAA